AUGACUGGACCUGCAAACGGCGUCGAAUCACCCUCCUUCACGGUCGCCAGCGUCAUCGCCGCCGCCCAAUCCGCGGAUCUGCCGCCUCCCACCGUCGCGACCCUCGUCGACAAACUUUCGUUCCCCGUUUCCCGCCUCCCGUUCUGUGUUCAGUCAAAGUUCUCGAGGACUAUGUUCACACUCUAUGACGAAGAGCUCGUUGACGCUGCACACGACGACUCGUAUAUGGACGCCCGAUUCUCUGGCAUCAUCUCCCUUCCUUCGCUCGGAUCCACCCUAUCACAGGCGGGCAGCGAAGCUCUCGUCUCGCUCUUAGGCGAGUCCAAGGACCGCCUCCUCGCAGAUCUCAGCGAACACGAGCGCGCUGCCGCAGACGAGGCGCUCCACGCGUUCUUCUCGUCGGAACCGGAGCAAACCGCGAUUCUCACGGUUCUCGAGAAGUUGAGGGACGUCUUGAGGGUGUUCAAUCCUACUCUGGCCCAGCGAUCAUGGCGCAGUGCCACAUUCGUCGAGGACCGACGGUUCGAUGUGAUCUCAUUCACGUACGACGCCUCGAAGGGAGACCAAGUCCGUCCGCCACGAUUUGCGGACAUGUGGCUCUCGCACGGUGUGAAGGUGGACAAGAUCUUUGCCGCACUCUCGAAACUCUCGCAGGAUGUCGGCGACGCAGGCGUGUGCGAAUUUCGCGACAUGGAUCGCGAGACGGCGUGGGUCUUGAGGCAGCUCAACGACACUCUCACGAUGACGUUCCCUUUCGCGGAAUAUGCCGUCGUACUGCUGUUGGACGGGAUGCAAUUCGUCCCAGUCGUGGUCGCCUUUCCCGAACCCGACACCCCAAUUCCAGAAAUCAUACUCGACCUUGUCCCGGAGCAGCGGGCGCGCUGUUCCAUCUCGCUCGAUUCCUUCGAUCUCGACUUGCACGAUGCUGCAAGGCUCAUCAUGAAGGACUCGCCUGCGUUCAAGACGAGGAUGGCGCCACUCAACAAGCCUGUUCUCAUUUGUGGCAGACCCCUACCAUUCACGUGCGGACCCGAGCAGCAGGACUUGCUUCGGAUCCUCGCCCUCUCAACGCUUGCCGAGCACAGGACUAUCGGCGCACAGGUCGAGAAGGAGCUCGUGCGACUGAUACACCAUGGUUCUUCCGUCAUGACUUCGCACAUCUCGUGCAGCCCGCCUCCGGGCCUCAGACGAGCGGUCGAGCACGACGAGCGAUCUCUUCCCGACAAGACGAACGAGGAUCCAUCUGGUCGCCCUUCGAUAUCAUCGUCAAAUCUUGCGAAGGAAAACAAGAACGUGGACGCGCCGCCUGGACGUCCCCGUUACCGCCUCGUAACCUUCGAUGAGCUUGAGAAGGGCUGCGCGUUCACCGCAGCCUUCGUUGGCGAAGGCGGAAGACUCGUCGGCUUCCACAGCUUCCCUCCCUCCGCCCCUCUCCCUUUUCCGCUCGCCAAGAAUCCGUCUCUUCCGCCCACUCCGCCUCUUACGCCUCCUCCGACGCUUUGUAACAACUUUGCAAGCGAACCCGCGUCCCGCUCCGCCAGCCAGCGCGAACCCAUUCUCCUCCUCUCCAACGCUCGCUUCGGCAGCGGCAAUCAAGGCCAUGUCUACCGCGCUCACUGCUCCGACUCGCCCAUCCCACUCCUCGCCAAAUACUCGUACAGCGCGGGAGCCUCGAAGCGACUGCAAGCCGAAGCGGCUUUCUACCGCGAGAAUCGAGGCAAGCUCGAGGAGGAUGAGCUCACGCCGAGGUUCGUCGGCAGCUGGGAAACGAGCGGUGCCAACAGCCCGAUGGAGCUGGGGACGCCGACUACGAUGAUUCUCGUCGAAGAAUGGGGCGAAGCGCUCAAGUCCUGGCGAGACUUGAAGGGCGCAGACGCAAGACGACACCUGCAGAACCUCGUUCUGCGCUUCCACUCCAACAACUUCCGGCACAACUCGCUCAAUCCUCGCAAUGUCGUCUGGAAACCCGCAGCCGGCCCUUCAUCCAUGCGACUCAUCGACUUUGCCCGAAGUGACACGCACAACUGCGCAGACUUGGCGGACUGUCUGGAGCUCCAGGUUCUGUGGGUCGAACUGAAGUGCCCGAUGUUUCAAGAGGAUGUGCGCAACUUUGUCGAGAAGGGGAGGGUGGAGCAGAUCAUGAAAGAGGAGCUCAGUCGCGUCGCGCAAGUACAGCACGAGCUGGAGGAGCAGGCGAGGCGGGAAAACGGGUUGAGCUGGACUGUCAUUGCAGGGGAGGCGCUUGCAGCUGCGGAGCCUUUGACCGAAUAG